AUGAACCUAUUUGAUGAAGAGGUAGAAGAGGAAGAGUUGGGUCAUGCUGAAACAUACUCUGAUUACAUGCCAACGAAAUUGAAAAUGGGUUGCAAGCACCCUGACCCAGUAGUUGAAUCAGCAAGCCUGUCAAGCGUCGAAUCUCCUGAUGUCACAUACUGUUUAUCAAUUCCUGAUAUAUGCAUUGAAAGAGGUUUGCUUUCUGCAGUGCAGUUGGAGUCGAUAACUUAUGCUUGCCAGAAACACGAAAGUUUGUUGCCUAAUGGAGAAAGAGUUGGUUUUCUCGUAGGAGAUGGUGCCGGUGUAGGCAAGGGACGAAUGAUUGCUGGCAUCAUUUAUGAAAACUACCUUUGUGGCCGAAGAAGAUCGCUCUGGUUUGUUCUUGUAUCAAAUGACUUGAAAGUAGAUGCAGAGAGAGACUUGAGAGAUAUUGGAGCUUCAGAGAUUGAGGUUCAUUCGCUAAAUAAGUUCAAAUACGCAAAAAUAUCUUCUCGAAUAAAUGGAAAAGUUAAAAAGGGAGUAAUAUUUGCGACGUAUUCCUCUCUUAUUGGAGAAAGCAAAAUAAACAACAAGUACAGGACCAGGUUAAAACAACUCAUACAGUGGCUCGGCAAGGAGUUCGAUGGCUUGAUUAUUUUUGACGAGUGCCAUAGAGCUAAAAAUUUGUUUCCAAAUGGCUCUUCAAAGCCAACAAAGACAGGCCAAACUGUUGUUGAAUUGCAAAACAAACUGCCCAAGUCAAGGGUUGUUUAUGCAAGUGCAACUGGUGCGUCAGAACCACGCAACAUGGCCUACAUGGUGAGAUUGGGUUUGUGGGGACCUGGUACACCUUUCAGGGAGUUCAGUGACUACAUUCAGGCAGUUGAGAAAAGAGGUGUUGGUGCCAUGGAGAUGGUUGCCAUGGAAAUGAAGCAGAGAGGCACGUACGUAGCAAGGCAGCUGAGCUUUAAAGGGGUUUCAUUUCAUGUUGAGGAAGUGGAGAUAUCAGAGGAGUACAUCAAUGUCUACAAUAAAUCUGUACAACUUUGGGUAGAAGCUCGGGAUAAGUUCCAACAAGCAGCUGAAUUGUUGGGAAUAGAAAAUCGAGUCCACAAAACAAUGUGGGGCCAGUUCUGGUCAUCACAUCAGAGAUUCUUCAAGUACCUCUGCAUUUCUGUCAAAGUUCAACACUGUGUCAGUCUCGCCAAUGCUGCAAUAGCCAAAGGCAAAAGUGUGGUGAUAGGAUUGCAGUCAACAGGUGAGAGUCGGACGCUGGAGAUGGUAGAUGAGAAGGGAGACGAGCUCAAUGAUUUUGUUUCCACUGCCAAAGGAGUAUUCCAGAAGUUGGUUGAGUCUCAUUUUCCGAGCCCCGAUAGACAAGGAGCUGUGGAGUACUUCACGAAUGGAGGAUUGCCCCUGUCAAGCACAGUAAACAAUGUGAACAGUAGAACAUCUUCACCUUCAGUUAUGGCCAGCAACAAGAGGAAGAAGAUGAAAAUAAACAGUUCAGAUGAGAAUGAAGAUGACGAUGAUAAGUCAUCAUCAUCUGAUGACGAUGACGACGACGAAGACGAAGACGAGGAUGAUAGUGACAGAUCAGAAAGUGAUUCAAAUCCCUUUGCAAGAGCCUCAGAUAGUGAUGAUGAUGUUCCUUGGAUGAGGAAGUCAAAUAAGAAGAAAAAAAAGAAGUUGAACAAGAAAAAGGUGAAAAAAAAUAAAAAGAAGAAAAAACGUUCAGGCAAAUCGAACGGCAAAUGUGAUGAUGAUGAGGAUAAUUCUGGGAGUGAGGAUGAAAAUAGCGAUGAAGAUGAUGAUGAGGAUUAUGAUAAAGAUAACAGCGUUGAUAAUUAUGCUAACGUUGAAAAAGUCUUGAAAUUGAAACAACAACUGUUGGAUAAGAUAGAACUUCUAGGAAGAGUUUUGCCCGCCAAUGCACUGGAUGAUCUUAUUGACAAGUUGGGAGGAACAUCUCAUGUUGCCGAGAUGACUGGUCGAAAGGGUCGCAUUGUGUGUCUGAAAGAUGGAACAAUCCGAUACGAAAGGAGGAGUGAGAUGGAUGUCCCACUUGAGAUAAUCAACCUCACUGAGAAGCAGAGGUUCAUGGAUGGCGAGAAGGAUAUCGCCAUUAUAUCGGAGGCAGCCAGUUCUGGCAUUUCCCUGCAGGCUGAUCGAAGGGUAGCCAACCAAAAACGGAGAGUCCACAUUACUUUAGAGUUACCCUGGAGUGCCGAUCGUGCCAUUCAACAAUUUGGGCGAACUCAUCGAUCCAAUCAAGUUAGCGCUCCAGAGUAUAUCUUCCUCAUUUCAGAGCUUGCAGGGGAAAGGAGAUUUGCUUCCACUGUGGCAAAAAGACUUGAGUGUCUUGGAGCGCUGACCCAAGGAGAUAGAAGAGCCGCCGAAACUAGAGAUCUCAGUCAGUUCAAUAUUGACAACAAGUAUGGUCAGACAGCGUUGGAAGCCGUGAUGAAAUCAGUCAUAAGUCAUGACAAUGCUCUCGUCCCAACGCCUAGUCAUUAUUCUGGAAAUUUCUUCCAUGAUGUUCAAAAAAGCCUUGUGGGUGUUGGACUCCUAAAUCCUGCUCAAACUGGGUUUUCAUUGGACAAAGAGUCAUACAACAUCAGCAAGUUCUUGAACAGAAUUCUUGGAAUUGAAGUUGAAACUCAAAAUGCAUUGUUUGAAUAUUUCACAAGUACGAUGAAAGCCAUUGUGAUGAAGGCUAAAAGAGAUGGAAAGUGGGAUCUUGGCAUACUUGAUUUAGGCUCAUCGGGAGAAAAAGUUGUUGAACAGUCCUGCAGAGAUUUUCAUGGAUUAUUUUCUGGAUUUAAGACAAAAGUGACCUUGAACAAAAUCAGUGUUGAGCGAGGUUUGAGCUGGGCUGAUGCAGAGCGACUCUCCGAGUUACAUAUUGGAAAUGAAGAUGGCUUCUAUGAGUCUAAACAGAGUUUUGUUGACAACCGACGCUUGUACGUCUUGGCGCUCUCGACAAAGCGUCAGCAUCAUUCUUAUCAACAUAAAAAGGAACUGUUGUUCAAGAUUUACAAAGCGAACACAGGUUUACAAUCUAAUUUAUGGACUCUGCAAGAGCUGAAGAAGAAGUUCAACAAGGUGUUUGAUGCUGAAAGAGUCAAGCAGUCGUGGGAGGAACAGUACAACUUCUCAGAACACCACUGCCUUCAUGUUUUCCAGUAUGGUCAGUGUCACAAGGCCUCGACUUGUGAGAUAGGUAGGAGAUCAAGGAUAUAUCAUGUGCUUAGUGGCAGUGUGUUGAGUGUGUGGACCAGUGUUGAGCGUGUACUUGCUUCUCUGCCAACUGGGCAGGCCUCGAGGAUGCAAAUCAUUCGUUUGCGAACCACUAACAAUAGAAGGAUUGUUGGUACGCUGAUCCAUCCAGCAGCCAUCGAGCCACUGACUCAACUCCUGUCAUCUGGCAGGAUAGAGGACAACCAUCAGCAGUCAGCUUUGCCAGCGGUUCAGCACCAACCAUCUGCAUCUCUGUCCAUGAUGUCUGUCAGGAACAACAUGCCCAACAAUUUUCACAGCGCAUCAAAUUUAUUGAACCUCCAACAGAAUCAACAACGUCGUAUGUUACUGCAACAGCAACUAAGACCUCAGUCUACACAUUUACAGCAGCAGCAGCAGCAGCAACAACAACAACAACCAUUGUUGCAACAGCAGCAGCAGCAACAACAACAAUUGUUGCAACAGCAACAACAGAACAAGUCACUCCAGCAACAGUAUUCACAGCAACAACAGCUUCUACAGCAACAGCGAUUACGAACAACUCUACUACUCAAUCCGCAACACAAUCCAAGUUUCAAUAUUAAGUUUAGAUAGUAAUUGUAUUACUUUCAAUGUCAGGUCAUUAGCACGAUUUGUGCAAAUUUUAUAAACUGAAAUAUUUUUGACAGUCACAUGGUUGAUAACUCAUGUUGAUAGCCUGUAUAAAAAUUUUCUGUACAUUAUUGCGAUAAAGUUCUCAGACUUAUAAAUUUCUAUCUUUUUUUACAGUUUUUUUUUAUUUUUCAUCAUAACCGAAAUAAGUCCAUGUAAAA